AUGCCGUCCGCAUCCUGGAAGCUUUGCAGUGCCUACUACAACUGCUUCUCUAACCUGGGCAACUGCACUUGGCAAGCGAGGGUUGCAGGCGAGUGCAGCAUCUGCGGCAGCACUGACAGCACGGGCACGCUGUGCAGACCCAGGAAGGCAUGUAUGGUGCAGGACGCUAGUGCUCUGAUCGCGGCUGGGACGGUGAAUGCGGGGCAAAUGAACCGGGCUUGCAUGGACGUGCCCAUCACCAUCCACCCCGUUGAUGCUGCCGCCCUGCUGAACAUCAAGAGCACGCUGGGUGUGACGUACACCACGUGGACCGCCACCAGCCCUUGCCGCCUGUUUGGAAGCUCGGUGGGCUUCCCGGGCGAAUGGAAUGGUGUCUGGUGCAACGGUGACGGCAAGGCUGUCCUAUUGUCGCUGACGUCCAACUUCUUCAACUACCGCAUCGACUCCUUCACCUCAAGCAUGAAAGCCUUGCCCAAUCUGGUCGACAUUGAAGCGCCCUACAACUACCUCAUGGGCACCGUGCCUCCGGUGGGCGCCAGUCUGGUCGUGUUGAACAUGGCGUUCAACUUCCUCACGGACUUCCCAACAUUCAGCUGCACGACUUGUGGCGGCAACAACAACUGCCUCACCACGCCCUCCAAGUGCCCCUCUAGAGGCACGGUUCAGAGGGCUGCGGCGGAGUGUGUGUAUUGCGGCACCAAUGGCGUACCCCCGCUGUGCUGGGGGGCGGGAGGAGUGUGCACGGUGGACGCUUCUGUCCCCAUCGCUGCCGGCACUGGCAGCAAAGCAUUGACCACUCCACUUGCCCGGACCUGCGUGGGCGGAGAUGUUGUGUUGGUGAAAGAAAGCGCAGCAAUGGGUGUGGACGAGCAGCACACGUGGCCAUUGGUGGAGUGUGCGGGGGCAGUGGUGGUGCAGCAGCGUUGCCUGCUGAGGGCGGUGGGCGUGGUGGGGCUGUGGGGCCAGCGUCCACACCACAGGGCCCGUACCCUGCCCCCACUUGCUCACGUGCUCCUUGGUUGUUUUCUCUCCUUUCGCUACCUGCCUUGUUCCCCUAUCCCUGCGUGCCCCCCUCCAGCCAUGCUCACCCUCAAGUCUUUGCUGGGCGUCACUUUCACCAGCUGGGCGGCCAGUGUCCCCUGCAAAAUCGCUGGGCAGAGCACCACAGUCACAACCUGGAGCGGCGUGCUCUGUGACAGCACUGGCAGCGUCCUGAGCAUAGGCGUGUCUAACGCAAACCUCAAGGGCUCACUACCAGCAGCUGUUUCCUUGCUCUCAGCUCUCACCUACCUUUUCCCACUUUCUUUGGCCGAUCAUCGCGUUUGCCCGCUUCUUAUAGCGCCUCCCACCCCUCUCUCGCUGCUCUCUUCCUUGGCCAGUGGCGUUGCCAGCAACUGCCUUACAGGCACCGUGCCGGCACUCUCCAGCGGUCUUUGCACGCUGGACGUGCGAUACAACUUCCUCACGGACGUGCCAGCAGUCACCUACACGUACUGUGGCGGCAACAACAACUGCCUGCUCACGCCCUCCAAGUGCGCCACCGCUGGCUCCACUCAGAGGCCUACGGCGGACUGUGCCAUCUGCGGCACCACCAACGCCGUGGGCCCCUUCUGCACUGCCUCGGGAGGGGUGUACAUGCCGGAUGCGGCUGCAAAUGUUGCCGCGGGCACUGUGAAUGCGCCGGUGCUUCCCUUGCUCUUCAUGGGGUGCACUGGCGGGACCAACUACAUGUACCCUUCGGAUGCGGUGGCCCUGCUCAACAUCAAGUCGGCCAUGGGGCUCACCUUCACCUCGUGGGCCACCACCACUCCGUGCCUUGCUGAAGGCACUUCUCCAAAUUGGGACGAGUGGGAGAGAGUGACCUGCACGCCUUUUGGCCGCCUCUACUCGAUUGCCUACUACAACUGCUUCUCUAGCCCGGGCAACUGCGCUUGGCAAGCGAGGGUUGCAGGCCAGUGCAGCAUCUGCGGCAGCACUGACGGCACGGGCACGCUGUGCGGACCCGGGAAGGCAUGUUUGCCGCAGGACGCUAGUGCUCUGAUUGCGGCUGGGACGGUGAAUGCGGGGCAAUCGAACCUGGCUUGCGUGGACGUGCCCAUUUCCAUCCACCCCAUUGACGCUGCCGCCCUGCUGAACAUCAAGAGCACGCUGGGUGUGGCGUACACCACGUGGACCGCCACCAGCCCGUGCCGCCUGUUUGGAAGCUCGGUGGGCUUCUCGGGUGAAUGGAAUGGUGUCUGGUGCAACGGCGAUGGCAAGGCGGUCCUAUUCGCUGUGGACGGCCUAGGCCUCAAGGGGUCACUCCAUGCUGACAUGUCCGCGCUCACGGCUCUCACCCGAGUGUCGCUGAUGUCCAACUUCUUCAACUACCGCAUCGACUCCUUCACCUCAAGCAUGAAAGACUUGCCAAAUCUGGUCGACAUCCGCAUGCACAUCAACUACUUGUACGGGGAGAUCCCUUCCUUUCUCGUGAACAUCCCAAAGAUCACUCAACUUGAAGCGCCCUACAACUACCUCAUGGGCACCGUGCCUCCGGUCCGCGCCGGUCUGGUCGUAUUGAACAUGGCGUUCAACUUCCUCACGGACUUUCCGACAUUCAGCUACUCCACUUGUGGCGGCAACAACAACUGCCUCACCACGCCCUCCAAGUGCCCCUCUGGAGGCACGGUUCAGAGGGCUGCGGCGGGAGUGUCCAUGCUGGCCCUCAAGUCUUCGCUGGGCGUCACAUUCACCAGCUGGGCGGCAAGUGUGCCGUGCAUGCUGAACUACCUCUUCGGCACCGUGCCAGCGCUCGCCACCGGCCUUCUCACACUUGAUGCUCGAUUCAACUACCUCACGGACCUGCCAACGGCAGCCUACAAGUCAUGUAGCGGCAACAACAACUUCCUCGUCACGCCCUCCAAGUGCAACGCCGCCGGCACCGUUCAGAGGACUGCAGCGGAAUGCUCCUUUUAUGGCACCACCAACGGCGUGGGCCCCUUCUGCACUGCCACGGGAGGGGCGUGCAUGGUGAAUGCAUAUGACAAUGUCGACGGUGGCAUUGUGAAUUCGGCCACACAGCCCGCGGUCCCCUUGUUUUGCUUGUUCCCGCCAGUGGCUAUGAAGGACAGCGCAGCCAUGCUCGCCAUCAAGUCGUCGCUCGGCGUCACCUACACCACGUGGGCGGCCAGUGUGCCGUGCAAGCUCCCAGGGCAGAUUGCCAGGGUCGCAAUCUGGACCGGCGUGUCCUGUGACAGCACUGGCAGUGUCGUGGGCAUAGGAUUGGAGAACGCAAACCUUUUGGGCUCGCUUGCUAUGGAGAUCUCCACGCUCUCUGCUCUCACCUACCUGUCCUUGUCAGCCAAUCUCCUCAACUACCGCAUUGAUUCGUUCACCACAUACUUGCGCUUCUUGCCAGUGCUGGCUGACAUUGGAGCCAUGAACAACUACCUCAUGGGGUCAAUACCCGCGCUCGCUAGUGGGCUGCGCACUCUGGACAUUCGAUACAAUUUCAUUGCGGACCUGCCAGCAGUGACCUACAGCAGCUACAACGGCACGGGCAACUGCCUCAUUGCGCCUUCCAAGUGCGGCUCCUCCGGCAUCGAUCAGAGGCCCCCAGCGGAGUGUGCCUUCUGCAGCUCCACCAAUGCCAUGGGCCCCUACUGUUGGGGGGGGGGAGGAGUGUGCACGGUGGAUGCGUUUGUAUAUGUCUUCGGCAGUUAUGUAAACGCGGGGUCGACGCCUGGGCUUGCCACGUGUGUGGGCGGCACAGUGGUGGCCAUCCAAGAAAGCGCAGCCAUGCUGGCGCUCAAGUCAUCACUGGGCAUAACGACCAACACGUGGGCGGCGUCUGUGGCAUGCACGCUCAAGGGCACCACUGCGCCCGUGCCCACGUGGGCUGGCGUCCUCUACGACUCCAGUGGCAAUGUCGUGAGCAUGAACCUCAACUCGCAGCUCUUCCAGGCGCCCCUCACUGACUUCACCUCCAACCUCCUCAAGCUUACCGGCCUCAAGGAGCUCUACCUGCAGUACAACUGGUUCUUCGGCUCUGUUCCCACCGCGCUUCUCAGACUGCCCUCGCUCUGCGUGCUUGGCCUGGGCUUUAACUACCUCACCGGCUCCUUCCCAGGGUCAGCCACGUUGGUGACUCUGGACAUCCGCAGUAAUUUCUUCUACACCAUGGCACCCAUGACCCUCAAGUGGUGCGACGGCUCCAACAACUGCCUCGCGUCUCCCGCUCCCUGCGCCUCUGGCGGCUCCACUCAGCGCGCCGCAGCCGACUGCGCCAUCUGCGCCUCCGUCGGGGCCGUGCCGCCCUUCUGUCGCGGCACCGGCACCUGCUCGCCCGACUCUGGCCCCGCUGCUGCGCUGGGCACGCCCAACUCAGCAACCGCGCCCAUGCUGCCCAUGGUGUGCAGUGGCAUCCCCAUCGACCCUGCUGAUGCUCUAGUGCUGCUGACGCUCAAGUCGACGCUGAGUGUGACGCUGAGCAACUGGAAUGCGGCAUCGCUGUGCACGCUGGAGGGGCAGACGCUGCUGCCCGCGCAGUGGGGCGGCGUGCGCUGCACUGCUGCCGGCAAAGUGACGAGCAUGGACCUGGGGUACAACCUCUUCCAGGGCCGCCUGGAUCUCUUUGCUGCUCCACUUAAGCCCCUCACCACCCUCAAGGCGCUCUUCUUCCACUACAACUAUUUCGCCGGCUCCAUUCCAUCUGCCAUCGCCACGCUGCCUCAGCUCACAUCACUUGGCCUCUUCUCCAACUACCUCACGGGCACCGUACCCAUCCCCUCAAAGGCCCUUGUCGCCCUAGACGUAGGCUUUAACUUCCUCUCGGGCACCUUCCCGAAGCUGCCGCUCAUGUUCUGUGCGGGCGACAACAACUGCUUCCUCAACUCCACCGCCUGCCGCACCUACGGCAUCGUGCAGCGCCCUGCAGGCGCCUGCGCCAUCUGCGGCACCGUGGCCGGCCAGGGCGACCUCUGCUUCGGCGGCUCCUGCGCUCCCCUCGCCUCUGCUGCUGUCACCGCCAGCACUGUCAACUCGCCUAACCAGCCUAUUCUGCCCAUGGCAUGCGCAGGUCGGUACAAUCCGGCCGCACCGAUGGAUACAGGCUCAGCGCUUGCGCUGCUGAACGUGAAGUCAGCGCUGGGAGUGACGUUCACCAGCUGGCUGGCUGCAUCGCCCUGCGCCAUUGCCAACUCCACCAUUGCCGUCGCCGGCACCUGGACUGGCGUGCUCUGCUCCUCCGCUGGCGACGUCCUCAGCGUUGCCCUCACCUACCUGUCAGUGCCGUUGUCUUUCUACCUGUCUUCCCCUCCCCUACCUCACUGCCUUAUCCGAUGCCCUCUGCGUUCCAUUUCCAUGUCCCUCCUCGCAUGUUUUCUGCCUGCUUGCCCGCCUCACAUGCGUGCAGCAACUGAGCAAGCAUCUUCCACCUCAACACUGCCUUUCCUCCCCACUCCUGCGCCUGCCCCAUGCACCCUCUCUCCCGUCCACCCCCUCAGCGACCUGUCCAAUAACUUCCUGCGCGGAAGCCUUGACAAGUUUGUCACCUUCUCGGGCCUCAAGACGCUCCUGCAGCUGUCAGUGCUGCCACCCUCACCCAUAGCGCCCUCACUGCCCUCACCCAUGCCGCUUCGAUCCACCCUGCUCUCGAACAUGUUGCUCGACUCGGUGCUCUCCUCAUUCGCAUUGCUCUCGCUUGUGCCCUCACGAGUUACAUGGGCUGCAGCACACACACACACCGUGGGCAAUCAUCUUGCCCACACAGCCAUGCAUUGCAUACCGCUACUCUUUGUGCUUUGCAUUCAGCUCCACCUCUCUUGCCUUGAACCCUUCUCCCUUUCUCCGUCUCCUGCCAGGCGCCUCAACAACAACUGGUUCGUGGGCUCCCUGCCUCAGACACUCAUGUCAUUUUCUGCACUCAGUCUGCUAGAUGUGCAUGCAAACGCGCUGACAGGGUCGUUUCCCGCCGUGUCAUCGGUGCUGCGCGCGCUCUACCUGCACGACAACUUCCUAGCAGGCAGCUUCACAACUUCCUCUCUCACCGCGUGUGACCCCAGCCUCAACUGCUUCCUCAACGCCGUCGCGUGUGGCGCCACCAGCACCACCCAGAGGGCCGCUGCUGCCUGUGCCAUCUGUGACAGCCCAGCAGCGCAGGGGCAGCUGUGCUGGGGCGGCACGUGCAUGCCCAAAGUCUCCCCCACCACCGCCCACCCUGACGGGCUGGCCCCGCCGGCCAUGUACUGCGCUGGGGCUCCGGUGGUCAACAUCGGCCCUAUUGAUGCGCAAGCGCUGGGAGCGCUGAAGAAUGUGAUGGGAGUGACGUUCACCACGUCGGAUCCUGCCACCUACUGCACCGUGGCGCCCACCGCCAUCGUCCCCGGCACGUGGGACGGUGUGCUCUGCGACUCCGCCGGCAAAGUUGUCAGCCUGUCAGUCCGCCUGCUCUACCCCUGCUGUGCUCUUCUUCUCUCCAUGCAUUGGCUGGGUCUACCUGUCUUAACAGCUGCCUCUGCAUGCCAACUCUCUCUAAGAACCCUCGCUCCUCCAACAGCAAGCUCACGGGCACUCUGCCGCUCUCCGUCUCCGCCCUCACGGCGCUCACUGCCAUGUGAGCCCUCCCCUCUAUGCCCGCUGCACUUCAUUUUCCUCCAUGCACCCUGUAACCCUAAACCCGAAAUCCUGUGCCCCUCUCCUCAUUCACUCCCCUCUCUGCCCCUCCCCUCAUCCCUCUCUCCUCUCUUCCGCUCUCCACAUUAUCUAUCCUCCCUGCCCCUCUCCUCAUUCUCUCUCCUCUCCGCCCCUCUCCUCAUUCUCUCUCCUCUUCUUGCUGCCCCUCCCCCCAGCGACCUCACCUCCAACCUCUUCGAUCUCGCCUACAACUGGCUCUCCAGCUCGGUGCCUGCAUACAUGCUCACUCUCCCCAGCCUCACUGAGCUCACGAUUGGCUACAACUACCUGACGGGUGCACUGCCCCCGGUGACACCCCCGCUCUCAGUGGUGGACGUGCAGUUCAACUUCCUCGCCGGCACCUUCCCCAUGCUCACCCUCACCCUCUGCGCUGCGCGCAUGAACUGCUUCCUCGACGCCACCAAGUGCAAGAACCCCAACCGCGCCUCCGAGCUCCCACGAGCUGCCGCCUCCUGCGCCAUCUGCAACACCACCAACGCGCAGGGCCGCCUGUGCAACGGGGGGGUGUGCACUGUGAACGCCACGGACCUGGUGGCUCUGGGCGCGCCCAACAGCGCCGCGUCUCCCUCUCUGCCGCUGAUCUGCGUGGGCGCGGCGUUUGUGGCGAUGGAUGCCGUGCACGCGGGUGCCAUGCUCAACAUCAAGGCGUCGCUGGGCGUCACUUUCACUGACUGGAAGGCCGGCUCGCCCUGCUCCCUUCCAGGCGGCGUCGCUGCCGGGUCGUGGAGCAGAGUCACCUGCGAUGGCACCGGCAAAGUGCUGGGCAUUGACCUGCAGUCCAACCUGCUGCAGGGGCGGCUGGACUCCUUCACAGCCAGCAUCAAGACGCCCCUCGUGCUCAAGGAGCUUGCGCUGCAGUUCAACUACCUGUCCGGCCAGUUCCCCACCGCCCUCCUCGCCCUCACCACUCUCUCCAAGCUCUCCGUGGGCUACAACUACCUGACGGGCCCCUUCCCAACCGUGCCGGCAUCAGCCAAGUCGCUGGACGUGCAGGGCAACUUCCUGUCAGGCGCCUUCCCCACCAACGCGCUCACCUACUGCGACGCCACCACCAACUGCCUCACCGACGCCAACAACUGCGCCUCCCUCGGCAUCACCCAGCGCUCCGCCACAGACUGUGCCAUCUGCGGCACCGCCUUUGGCCAGGGCACGCUAUGCGGCGGCGUGCCGUGCCUCGUCAACACCACGGGGGUCACCGCGCCUCCCACUGCCACGUCUCCCCCUUGCAACCUCUACUGCACGCCAGUCGCCUUGGACACCAACACCACCACAACGCUGCUGGCGCUGAAGACGGUGCUGGGAGUGACGGCCACGGAGUGGAGUGCAACGACGGUGGCACUGAAGCCCAAGGCGUUGAAGAGCAGCAGCGUGCCCCUCGCCACCAUGGUGGGCGCCUGCACCGUGGAGGGGCAGACCCCUGCUCCUGGCUCGUGGACCGGCGUCUUCUGCAACUCCGCUGGCGCCAUUGUCGCCCUGUUGCUGCCGAAUCAGAAGCUGACUGGAAGCCUGUCGACGGACAUCGCCAAGCUCACAGCUCUCACUGCGCUGUGCGACUCGCUUUCCAUGCCCAUACGCCCAUGCACGCUUACGCGCCCAUCCACACGCGGCCAAACCUGCCGUCACUUCACUCAUGCCGCUGCCGCGCUUCAGUGGGGCACUGGAUUGCAGCUUUCUCCCAGCGCACUCAAUUCUCGUUUUUGCAAAAAGCCACUGAACCGCAACUACCUGACGGGGGUGGUGCCGGCGAUGGGCGCAGCAGUGAAGGUGCUCAACAUGGCGGGCAACUUCCUCUCGGCCUCCUUCCCCACCACCGGCGUCACAGCCUGCGAUGCGCGCUCCAACUGCUUCACAGACGCCUCCAAGUGCGCCAACACGCUCGGCACGGCGCAAAGAGCCACUGCAGACUGCAACGUGUGCGGCUCCACGGGGGCUGCAGGCCCGCUGUGCGGCGGCGGCUUCUGCAUCCCCAACGCUGCCGCGCCCGCCGCUGCCGGCACGCCCAACAUUGAGGGGCAGGCGCUGCUGACUAUGUCCUGCGUGGGCGGCCCCAUCGAGGUCAACAUGCGCGGCGCCAUGCUCAACCUCAAGGCGUCGCUGGGGGUGACUCUCACUGACUGGGCUGCUGCGUCGCCGUGCACCAUUGCAGGCCAGCCCUCUGUGCCAGGGGCGUGGACUAACGUGGUCUGUGACACGGCGGGCAAGGUCGUGAGCAUCAAUGCGAAAUUCAACUACUUGGCAGGCCCGCUGCCGUCCGCGCUGCUCACUCUGCCCACCCUCACCAGCCUCGAUGUGAGUUACAGCUACCUCACAGGGACCGUGCCUGCGCUGGGCACGGCGCUCAAGAACCUGCGCAUAGGAGGCAACUACCUGUCGGGCAGCAUCGGCACGCUCAGCGGUGUGACGUGCUCGGCGUUGUUCAACUGCCUCACCUCCCAGGGCAGCUGCACCACUGGCGGCACUCAGAACCGAGUCGGUUGUGCCAUCUGCGGCAGCACCAACGCCCAGAGCACUCUGUGCGGCGGCGGGAUGUGCGUGCCCGAUGCCACGGCUGCAGUUGAGAGCAACACGACCCCCACGCUGUCCACGCCUGCCGUGCCCAUGUACUGCACCGGCGUCAUCAUGGACGCCACUGCAGGUGAUGCGCUGCUGCCCUGCCCUGCCCUCCCUCCCAUCCUUCCACACAACGUCUUCCACCCUUCUCCACCCCACCCUUGUGCCUGUGACUACACUCGCCAACAUAAAGACGGCGCUUGGAGUGACCUUCACGGACUGGGUGGCCCCCACGGCGCUGCUCAAGCCCAAGGCGGCGGGCAGAACGGGCAGUGGCAGUGUGGCGCCGACGGACUGGCUCACCACGGGCAGCUAAUGCACCAUGGACGGGCAGACCCCCGUCGCCGGCUCCUGGUCCGGCGUGCUCUGCAACUCCCUCGGCCAGCCCGUCAACCUGUGAGUGUCCCCUCCUACCCUCACCCCCUGCAGCAACCUUGUUUUCCUUCUGCAUCCACUGCUUUGCCUGACGCACUGCCUCUCUUGCUGUUCAAGCCUCCACCGAUGCAUGCAACCUUGGCAGCACCUAACUUGCCUCCCCGCCAUGCUCCUCCCUCGUCCCCACCCCAUGCUGCCAGGAAUCUGAACAAUCAGAGGCUCACCGGCUCUUUCCAUGCUGACAUCAGCAAGCUCUCCUUGCUCACCGUGCUGGAUGUGAGCUACAAUUUCUUCAAGUCCAAUCUCGACACCUGGGCUGCGCCCCUCAAGCUCUCCAUCAACCUGGUGUCGCUAGAGCUGAACAUGAACGCGCUCACGGGCACGUUCCCGGCACCCAUCUCCACCGCACUGAAGCGCCUGCUGGUGGACCGAAACUUCAUGGCGGGAACGUUCCCCGCCAACAGCGCCACGUACUGCACAGCCUACGGCAACUGCAUCUUCUCCUACACCAUGUGCAACUCGCUGUACCCCAACUCCCCCGUUGGCAACUGCAAUUACUGCGGCACCACCAAUGGGCUGGGCACGGCGUGCAUGGGCAACCCGUGCAUGCCAGUGACACCGUCGCCCAUCACGGCCACCAACCGAUGGGACCCCAUGCCCACCAUGCGCUGCGACCCCGUGCCCGUCCAUGCCUCCCAAGGUAACCCUCCCACCCACAGAAUGAAGAGUUCAAAGCGUUCUCUCUUCCUGCACUCUCUGCACCUCCCCUCCCUUCCCCCCUUUCCCCCCUUCUCCCCAUGCUGCAUGGCAGCGGCGGCGCUGCAGGCGAUGGUACCGGGGCUGUGGACGCAGCCGAUGUGCACGCUAGCGGGGCAGGCCUACGUCCCCGGCAUGCUGCCGUUGGCCUUCGGCAACCCCGCCGGCAUGGUGCUCGACAUGUACGCCCCCUUUGCUCACCGCCCUGCUCGCCCCCUGCUCGCGCCCUUCUCGCACCCUGCUCGCCCCCUUGCCCCCUGCUCGCGCCCUUCUCGCGCCCUGCGCGCCCCUUGCUCGCCCCUGCUCGCCCCCUGCUCGCCCUGCCCGCAUCAGCCUUCCACCCUGCUGUCUCCGGCUGUGCACAUGAUGUGCUCACGAGCAAACGGCUUCUUCCCCACCGACUCCUCAAAGCUCUCCGCACUCACCAAGCUGGACCUGUCGGUCAACCUCUUCACAAACCGCCUUGACUCCUUCCUCGGGCCCUUCAUUCCCAUCAAGACUCUCAACUACCUCUGCCUCCACCAGAACUACUUCUCGGGCUCCUUCCCAGCCAGCAUCUCCGCCCUCACUGCCCUCACGGAGCUGCGGCUGAACCUGAACUACCUGACGGGGAGCAUGCCGGCAGCGCUGCCAGCAAGCCUCAAGGUGAUCGACCUGUCGAGCAACUAUCUGGUGGGCACCUUCCCCACCACCACUGCCACCUCCGUCGCCUGCGCCAGCAACUGCCUGCAGGACGCCUCCAAGUGCCCCGCCGGCUCUGCUCAGCGCGCUGCAGCCGCCUGUGCCAUCUGUGAGACGCGCGAUGCGAGGGGCAGGAUGUGCGGCGGCGGCAUCUGCACUCCCAACACCACGGUGGCUGUGGCAGCCGGCACCAUGAACACGGGCUCGGCGUCGCUCUACUGCCUGGGCGCCUCCAUGGAUUCCAUUAUGGCCAUGCUGCUCCUGCAUGCUCACCCACCCCUGCUGUGUCUGUCCCCUGCUCUCUCCCUCCCCACCAACCCCUCUCCCUUGCUCCCCUCCUUGCUACUCGCAGCGGCGGCGCUGCUGAAUGUUAAGGCAUCGCUGGGGGUGACGUUCACGGACUGGGCGCUGGACUCGCCGUGCACCAUCCAGGGGCUGCCGCCGCUGCCAGACGCCUGGUCCAACGUCGUCUGCAACGUCUCCGGCAAAGUCAUGUCCAUCAAUCUGCGCUCCAACUUCCUGGAGGGCCGUCUGGACGUCUUUGCCGCCAACUUCAAGGCGCUCACGGCGCUCAAGGAAGCCUACCUGGACUUCAACUGGUUCACAGGGCCCAUCCCGUCAACCCUCGUCACCAUCGCCACCCUCUCCACCUUUGGGGCGAGCUACAACUACCUGUACGGGUCCAUGCCGGCUCCAGGCACGGCUCUCAAGACGCUCACGCUGGACGGCAAUUGGCUGUCGGGCACCUUCCCCGGUACCGGCUUUUCCUCCUGCUCCGCCACCGCCAACUGCCUCGCCAGCAUCAGCGCCUGCACCACGCUCGGCACCGUGCAGCGCGCCGCCGCUGCCUGUGCUGUCUGCGACACCGCCGACGGCUCGGGUACCGUGUGCGGCGGCGGCACGUGUGCGCCCGACACAGCUGUGCCGCUCGCCAGCAGCACUCCCAACAGCGCGACGGCGGCGGUGCUGCCGCGGUUCUGCGUGGGCGUGCCACUGGACGCCACGCAGGGCAACAUUCUGUUAGCACUCAAGACCACUCUGGGCGCCACCUUCUCUGACUGGACCGCCGCCACGCUCGCCGCCCCCAAGGCCACAUCGACGAAGCCCAAGAAGGGGUCGAAGCGGCGGGUCCUCCUGCAAGGGAGGGGGUCGGGGCUGCUGUACGACUGGAAGGCGUGCCGCCCCUCCUGCUGCUGCCCCUCCUGCGGCUGCCCCUCCCUCUGCCACCACACAUUGGCUGUGCACCGCGUUUGCCUUUCUCUCACUCACCUCUCUCCCCUGUCCCUGUGUGCCCCUUCCGCUGUUGCAUGUGCCCCCCCUGCUGCGUGGAAUUCGUUGAGCAGAGACCUGAGGAGCCAGCUGUUGAGUGGCACAGUGCACUCCGACAUCAGCAAGCUCUCCACCCUCACCUCGCUGCGGCUGUCGUCCAACCUCUUCUUCAGCCGCCUUGACUCCUACCUCGUGCCCAUCACGCCCGCCGCCACCCUCAAGGAGCUUGCCCAGCCAUGUGGGGGACCGCACGCCACACAGCACUACUUCGCUCGUCUCAACGACGCUUGGCGUGUUCAGUUCCCUCAGGCCACUGAGCUGCCCCGCUGGGUUGAUCUCCUGAAGAAGGGGAUUGAUAUCUAUGCUCUAGACUUUGAUGCUGUUCUCACUGCUAUGUAUGUGAUGUCUACUAGUGGAGAGGGUGCUGAGUACCUGUGUGUGCCGCCCGACCCGGGCAUUAGGACUAGUGCGUCUGCCGCUCUAGGUACUUGCGUGUCUGCUACCCCAGGUGCUGGUGAGGCAGCUGCUCUAGGUGCUUGUGCGUCUGCCCCCCCUGGUACUGAGUCGACGGCAGCAUUGCACACCUUCACACUGGACUCAGGUGCUUCUCGCUGCUUCUUUCGUGACCGCACUGCCCUUGAGCCGCUUGCUCGGCCAGUUGCUGUCUCCCUCGCUGACCCCUCUGGGGGUCCGGUCAUUGCAACCUCCUCCACUGUCCUUCCCUGUCCUGCGGUCCCGUCGGGCACACUGUCAGGUCAGCUGUCUGCCCCCUGCUCGUGUCGCUCUCUGGCGCACGAGACUGUCCUCUGGCACCACCGACUUGGCCACCCGUCUGUGCAGCGCCUUCGUGCCAUGCACUCCCGGUACCUUGUCUCCGGUCUUCCCAGAGUCCUCCCUCCCCUCCCACCCUCGCCUGCUCCUCCCUGUCUUCCCUGCGUCGAGGGGCGGCAGCGCGCCGCUCCUCACUCCUCCUCGUUUCCCCCGACGACUGCUCCCUUGCAGACGCUCCACAUGGACGUGUGGGGCCCAGCCCGCGUCCGUGGUCAGGGUCAGGAGAGGUACUUCCUGAUAGUUGUUGACGACUACUCGCGCUACACCACGGUCUUCCCCUUGCGCACCAAGGGUGAGGUCCCUGAUGUCUUGAUCCCUUGGAUCCGCAGAGCCCGUCUCCAGCUCAGCGAGCGUUUCCACUCGGACUUUCCUGUCCUGCGCUUGCACUCUGACAGAGGUGGUGAGUUCUCCUCCGACCUCUUGGCAGCCUACUGUGCUGAACACGGCAUUGAGCAGUCGUUCACGCUUCCGGCCUCACCACAGCAGAAUGGGGUUGCGGAGCGCCGCAUUGGCCUGGUCAUGGAGGUCGCCCGUACCUCCUUGAUCCAUGCGGCUGCCCCCCACUUUCUGUGGCCGUUUGCGGUCCGGUACGCUGCGCAUCAGCUCAACCUCUGGCCCCAUGUCUCCUUGCCGGAGACCUCGCCCACACUGCUGUGGACGGGGGAGGUUGGCAAUGCGUCGCGUUUCCGGGUCCGGGGAUCUCGAGCUUUUGUCCGCGAUACGUCGGCGGACAAGCUCUCCUCCCGUGCUGUUCCCUGCGUCUUCCUCGGCUUUGUCCCGGACGCGCCUGGUUGGCAGUUUUACCACGCCACCUCACGCCGAGUCUUGCCCUCUCAGGACGUCACUUUUGACGAGUCCGUCCCCUACUACCGCCUCUUCCCCUACCGCACUGCCCCGCUCCCCCCCCCGCCUCUCUUCCUCGCGCCAGAUGCUGCUGUCGUAGACCCCCUCCCCCCUCAGGGUGCCGCUCCCUCAGGUGUGUCUCAGGUAGACCCGGUUGAGCCUGUUGAGGUAGCUGUCGACUCUCGUCCUGCUGUGGGUGCGGAGCCUGGGGGUGCUGAGCCUUGGGGUGCGGAGCCUGGGGGUGCUAAGCCUUGGGGUGCGGAGCCUAGGGGUGCGGAGCCUAGGGGUGCGGAGCCUGGGGGUGCGGAGCCUGGGGGUGCGGAGCCUGGGGGUGCGGAGCCUGGGGGUACUGAGCCUUGGGCUGUGGAGCCUGGGUGUGCUGAGCCUGGGAGUACUGAGCCUGGGAGUGCUGAGCCGCAGAGUCCGGAGUCUGGGGGUUCUGAGUCUGGAGUACUGCAGCCUCAGGAGAGGUACCUCUGGAGCCAGGCGUACUACUGGGACUAG